GCAGACGCGCGGUCAAGAAACUUGCUGAAUACUAAAAGUUGAUACAAAGGAUUUACAAAACGGGGAAAAAUUAAAAAUACCAAAGUCACUGGACAUAGAAGAGCGAAAGUGUAAAAAGCGUUUGAAUUUGUGUAUAAAAGCUCGCGAACAGCCUUUUUGUGAAAAUAAAAGUUUAAAAAAGUGACUUCUUGAAAUAAAAUUUAAAAAAAGUGUGCGAAGUUGAAGUAUAUGAACGCUUACCAACUGUCACUAAAAGGACUAACAGUUAUAUUGAGAAUUUUGGAGUGUUAAUCUUAAGCUUUGAAAUUGAAACUAUUUUCUUAAUAAUUUCGAAAAAAAAGUUGUAAUGGUUUUUGAAAAGUUGCUGAAAUGUUUGCUGUUAAUAACCGCCGUGUUGCUACCACCCGCUCAAGCUUUCUGGUGGGCGUCACCGACUGCGGCCCCCACAACACUUUCUGAUUGUUCCAGUGAAUCGCCGCGCGUGCUUAAAGAGAUACCGCUCACCUACUUCCGCAGCUACACUUACCAACCGAUCGCCGGCAAUCCUUUCGCCGCCUUCCCCUACUAUCAUCGCGCGGCGAGCGCUCUGCCGUCACCGCUGCUUGCGGGUCCUGCGCGUUACGAGCAUGGCACCUACCUGCAUGCCAGCGCAUAUCCAGUGAGCGUCGCAGUGCCGCAUCCGCAGCAGCAGCAACAGUCAAUGCUGCCGCAAAUGUAUCCGCUGCCACAGGCGGCUGUUUUGCACGCAAAGCCGUUGCCGAGUUCAACAACUACCACCAGUACUACCAGCACUGAGCCGCCUACGACCACCAGCACCACCACUACUACAAAAAUGACGACUACAACACCGCCACCACCCUCAACGACGACCGCGAGCAGCAGCACCAGCACGACAAGCGCGUCCAUCGCGCAGCUGAGUGAGUCGCAGCAACAGCCGCAAACUCAACCUCAACCGUACCCAUACCCAUACCCCACUUACAAUCGUCGUGCCUAUAUGGGUUACAAUCCGCACUCUUACCGCCCGGCCUAUCCGUAUCCGGACUAUACCGUUUACAAGACCGCGCCAGCGACGCGCUACAAUAGUCAGGGAGGGCAAAUUCAGUUUGUGCCCUGCAUGUGUCCGGUGAGUGUGGGCGCCUCGGGCCCCCUGCAGCACUCGGCUAUGUCGGUAGAGGGACGCACCACCAGCGACGAGGAAGAUGACUUAAUGAUGUUGGCGCGCGCUGAUGAACUGAAUUUGCCUGUGGAAUUGAGUGUGGUCACUGAGAGAGCAGCACAGGAAACGACUGAAUCGGUUAAGCCCCAAAGCGACACUGAAGUAACGGAGAAUUUGGCGUCAAAAACGUCGGAGGCUGCAGUUGAGCAAUUGAGUACGAAUAAGGUGGACGAGCAGUCACAUUAUGUUGUGGAACUGGGGAGCACUAGAGAGCAAAAUGGGGCGUAAAAAUAAAAGAUAUAGAAAUAAAUACAAUAUGUUGCAAAGGAGCUUACUGUUAAAA